GUUGGAGUCUCGGUCGAGCAGAGGCAGCAGCCAGCAACGUCGUGUGAGGUGGCAGUGACAGCUGGGUUGAGUUUUGAUAUAGGCACAGUAGCCUAACAGUCAGGUUGGAUACAGAUAAUAUAGACUUGUGGCUUUAGUGACACAAGAGCAACAUGUGGCGAUUCAACUGGUCGUGCAAUGUCCACUGUCGGUAUGCUAUGUUGUUGUAAUGUGGGUCCGGUCUUUGUAACGGGUAGACAGACAUGCUUGGUGCUCCCGUCUUCGACAUGCGUUAUGACCGCAGAUCCACUAACCGUGAAAGUUGUUUUGUUUGACUUGAAAAAACAUGCAUCUGUUCCGGAGUUACAAUUAUCGAAUUUUCCCGGAUCAUUAUUCUGUGGAAACAUCGACCAUUCGAGGCAUCAGUUGGACCCCACUGCCAGAGGCCCUUGACACACAGGACACCAUGAAGCAGUUUCUGUCGGAUCGAAUUCUGAAGGCAGCCAGGGUGGUGUAUAGUGCCUUGAUAGAGCGUAGCCCUGGCCUGAUCAGAGACAGAAAGCAUCACCUGAAGACCUACAGACAAUGUUGUUCGGGGAAAGAGCUUGUUGAUUGGCUGAUGAAGCUAAACGAAUGCUUCCAAUCAAGGAGCCAGGCAGUUGGCAUGUGGCAAGUCCUGGUGGAUGAAGGAAUCAUUGUUCAUGUGAAGCAGGAGUUAAACUUCCAUGACAAAGACACUCAAUUUUACCGCUUCCUGGAUUUGGAGUUCGGACUGAACCACAUGACCAAUGAGAAACUCUCACUGAACCACAUGACCAAUGAGAAGGACCAAUUAGACGAUGAGCUGCAGGAGGGUUUGUCGUUAUUACUGCAGAUUGGUCCAGAUGCUCUUUUGACCAUGAUUUUACGUAAAUGCCCCAGCCAGCGUAGUGCUGAGGACCUGGAGGUGAUCUAUGAGGAGCUGCUUCAUGUCAAGGCUGCUGCUCACCUCUCCACCUCAGUCCGUAAGGAGUUGGCAGCAGUGCUGAUGUUUGAGUCCCAUGCCAAGGCAGGCACAGUCUUGUUCAGUCAGGGAGACAAAGGCACUUCCUGGUACAUCAUCUGGAAGGGCUCUGUCAAUGUCAUCACACAUGGAAAGGGUCUGGUGACGACGCUACAUGAGGGAGAAGACUUUGGGCAGCUGGCCCUGGUGAACGAUGCUCCCAGAGCAGCCACCAUCAUCCUGAGAGAGGACAACUGCCACUUCCUACGAGUCGACAAACAGGACUUCAUACGCAUCCUCAAGGAUGUGGAAGCUAACACCAUGCGUCUAGAGGAACAUGGUAAAGCUGUGCUGGUGCUGGAGAAGGCUGAGUCAACCAAUCCUGGAGGGGCAGGAAACAGCAGCAAGUAUACAGUGAUGGCUGGAACUCCAGAGAAGAUCCUAGAACACCUGCUUGAGACAGUGAAGCUGGAUACUAAUGGCAGUGAUGCUAUAGAUCCCUGUGUGAGCGACUUCCUGCUAACCCACAGGGUCUUCAUGCCCUCCAGCCAGCUUUGCCCGGCCCUGCAACACCACUACCAUGCCGAGCCUUCUGAGGGCUCAGAUCUGGAGAAGGCAGCCUAUGCCCUCAACACCAAGCAGAAGAUAGUGAAGUUGAUUUGCCAGUGGGUGGCGCUGUUCGGCCAGCUGCUCAAAGAUGACCCCAUCGCUGUAGACUUCCUGGAGAGGCUGGGGGAGGAGGUGGCAGGUGACUCCCGUCUGUCCAGUAUGCUGAGGGAGCAGCUCAGAGACAGGAGGAGAACCAGAGUGCUUGAGAAUGAACUCGGGUCACUGACAAGACUUAACCAUCAGUUUGACUGGUUUUCCAGUUGUGAGGAGCCAGUGGGGAAGUGUCUGCCAAUCAGAUCAAAGGACAAAGUAUUGUAUGAGAUCUUCCGGCCAGACCAUACGUCAAUCACUCUGAUGCUGCCGGUGAACACCUCUGUUCAGGAAAUGAUGUCAUCGCUGGUAAACCCAGGAGGAGACCACGCCCUGGUCAAAAUGAACUCCAUGGGAGACAGGGCUCAGCUGAAGCUGGACGCCACAGCAGUCUACACCUCCCUGGGGCUGAAUGAGAGACUGUUCCUCUGCACUGCCAGCCAGGUGGAACAACUGAUGCCCCUGAAGGAGCAGCAGGGCCCUGAUCAGAGCACCAUUGACACUUUGGAGCAGAUGUGUUCCAAGGACAUCGCCAGCCAGCUCACCAACUACGACUGGGAACUGUUUACCGCCAUGCAUGAGGUGGAACUAGUGUACUAUAUAUUUGGGCGACAUAAAUUCCCAGGCGCCACCACAGCUAACCUGGAGCGUUUUGUGCAUCGCUUCAACGAGGUGCAGUACUGGGUGGUGACGGAGGUGUGUCUGUGUGCUGACCUGAUGAAGAGAGCCAUGCUGCUGAAGAAGUUCAUCAAGAUGGCCGCCAUGUUGAAGGAGCAGAAAAAUCUCAAUUCGUUCUUUGCUGUGAUGUUUGGUCUAAGCAACAGUGCUGUACAGAGACUUUACAAGACCUGGGAGAGAGUGCCGAGUAAGACGAAAAGGGUCUAUUGUGCCUACGAGAGGUUAAUGGAUCCAUCACGUAACCACAGAGCCUACAGACUGGCUGUGGCAAAGCUCAGUCCUCCCUACAUCCCCUUCAUGCCUCUGCUACUAAAAGACAUGACUUUCAUCCACGAGGGAAACAAGAACUACACGGAAAAACUGGUCAAUUUUGAGAAAAUGCGCAUGAUUGCCAAGACAGUGAAGAUCGUUCGAGGGUGCAGAAGCACACCUUACGUGCCUUCCUCACCUCAGAAGGGACUCGCAGACAGAAUGUUUCUGGAGGCGCCUUCCAUUCGGGUGUCUACAUAUUCUGAGCAGUCCCUCCCUCUCCGGAAUCCUAGCAACAUCCGCCACUAUGUUCAGAACUUUGAAGUGAUCGACAACCAGCGCAAACUGACACAACUGUCCAGGGGAAUGGAGCGCUGAGAGCUGAACCAGACCAGUGUAUAAGGACUGUAUCUACAUAGCUUUGUGUAUAAAGACUGUGUAUAAAGACUGUCUAUAAGACAGCCUGUGAAUAAGAGGUUGGCAGGGGAAUACACACACCUCCAUGGUCAUACUAAUCCACAUGCAAGCUCUUCUAUAGACUCGUGUGCAUGUCUAGUGUCAAGAAUGGAGGACUGUGGAUGUUUCUGGGCUGUUCAGUAUCACACAGAGCGCAUUCAAGAGAAGCAGCUGUUUGGACUGCUAAUCAAGUGACUAGGACCUGAGGAGGGAUCAGACUGGCAGUAUCUAGUGACCCCUAGUGCCUUACCAGAGAUAUUGCUGGUCCUGUGACUGCUGUUUCUGAUAGUUUUGCGUGCUGUGGUGCAACACUACACUCCGGAGGAAGAAGUGCAUAUAUUUGGCAUUAGCCGUUAUUUAUACGAUCAUAUGUAUAGCAGACUAUUUGUAUGAUAAUCUUAUGGUUUCACAAGUGCCAUAUACGGGUUGGGGCAAACGAGACGGUGUUGGCUUAGAUUGUUGACAACAUGUAAACUAUAUUUAGUCUCCAAUGUUUUUUUAAAACAAAUACAUUUGCACAAUGAGCACUUCUCUCUCAAAUACAUCGUUACAGUUGUUGGUUAGCUAGCUAGCGAAUUUUUGCCGUAUUAGCAUUGAUGUGACAUCAGUCAAAACACCUCAAAACAAGACAUGGUAUCAAGAACAAGAUUAAACUAGUUGAAACGAGCCACCUACGAUUCCCCACUGGCAGCUUCUUGUUAUUGUUGCUAGCUAUCUGGCCAUUCAGAAUCACAACACAGACUUCUGCCCCAUUGACGCGUGUGCAUCGUUUUCAUGACGUUGUUAGCUAACGCCUUGAUCACACCGAUAGUCUUUUGCAUGAAAUAGGACGCAGCAGCAUCAUCUGGAUGUGUGCAACAAAGUUCAACAUUCAUCUUUUGCUACUAUUUCUGUCAAGCCGUCGACGCAUACAGUUUGGCGCAUACGUUCGAUAAAUCCAACGAAUAUACCACACAGAACGCACUGCAACUGCCUCUGCAACGCAAUGCUGUAAGGCAAACGCAGCGUUCCAUUUGAAGUGAUGGUGCUUUUGGUGUACCAAAAUGCCAAAACAAUGUUGGUGUGAUCGAGGUGUAACCCGUCUACAUAAGCACAUACAGUAGAGCAGAUAUAUGCUAUAGAAUGUAGUUAUGGAGUGUUUUAACCUUUUUUCACUUUGUAAUACAACUUUCAUGUACAAUAAAUAGUUUAGCAAUCA